CUAGAUAUAUAUAUAUAUAUAUACAUAUACAUAUAUAUAACUAAAUAGAAAGCAAAAGAAACGGAAGAAAGUGCAAGAGAAACAAACAAAUAGAUGUGGAUGUUAGACAACCAAAGAAAACAAAUAUUUCUAAUAAUCAUGUAAAUAAAUGCUGCCAAAUCCAGGAUAACAACAAAGAGAGAUGCAUAUAACGCACAACAAUAACAACAACUACAGCAACUCCAAUAACAACAAUAACAACAAGAAAAACAAAGAAAAAAGGAAACGAAAUUACUUAGUAACUGCUGCGCUUGCGCCCAUUAAAGUCGAAUCAACUAACUUAACUUAAGCCCUGCCCCCGCCUACCAUCAUAAACGUCACCUCUGCUUUUCCUGCACACACACACACACACACACACAGACACACACGCACAAACCAUCACGAUCAGCAGUAGCACUACCGGAAGAAGCAUCUCAGAAGCACCACAGGCACCAGCAGCAAUAUCAACAACAACAACAAUACCAACAACAACAACAGCAACCACCACAACCAACCUCUCGGCCAACAAACAAAACAACAACAAAAGCGUGCAGAGGGAAAUGAGAUGAAGUGGUUUCAAGUGACCAUAGAUAUGAUUCUUGUGCUUUCAUUUAUAUCAAGCAGCACAGCGAAUCCGGAUGCCAAGCGACUCUACGACGAUCUGUUGAGCAAUUACAACAAAUUGGUCCGGCCUGUGGUUAAUGUCACCGAUGCUCUCACGGUGCGCAUCAAAUUGAAGCUAUCGCAAUUGAUUGAUGUCAAUCUAAAGAAUCAAAUAAUGACCACCAAUCUAUGGGUGGAGCAAUCUUGGUAUGAUUAUAAACUCAAAUGGGAGCCGAAGGAAUAUGGCGGAGUUGAAAUGUUGCAUGUACCCUCCGAUCACAUCUGGCGUCCAGAUAUUGUCCUCUACAAUAACGCCGAUGGCAAUUUUGAGGUAACACUAGCCACCAAGGCCACGCUGAACUAUACGGGACGCGUGGAAUGGCGACCGCCUGCCAUUUAUAAAAGCUCCUGUGAGAUUGAUGUCGAAUACUUUCCGUUUGAUGAACAAACCUGUGUAAUGAAGUUCGGCAGUUGGACCUACGAUGGAUUUCAGGUGGAUCUGCGUCAUAUCGAUGAGCUAAAUGGCACAAAUGUUGUUGAAGUGGGCGUGGAUCUGUCCGAAUUUUAUACAUCAGUCGAAUGGGAUAUACUUGAAGUUCCUGCAGUGCGGAAUGAGAAGUUCUAUACAUGCUGCGAUGAGCCAUAUCUGGACAUAACAUUUAACAUUACGAUGCGAAGGAAAACGCUCUUCUAUACGGUUAACCUGAUCAUACCCUGCAUGGGCAUCAGUUUUCUAACCAUAUUAGUAUUCUAUCUGCCCUCGGACAGUGGCGAAAAGGUCUCAUUAAGCAUAUCCAUUCUGCUGUCGCUCACUGUGUUCUUCCUGCUGCUGGCGGAAAUUAUUCCGCCCACGUCACUGGUAGUGCCGCUAUUAGGAAAAUUUGUCCUUUUCACCAUGAUACUGGAUACAUUCAGCAUCUGUGUGACAGUGUUGGUGCUCAACAUUCACUUCAGGUCACCGCAAACACACACAAUGGCGCCCUGGGUGCGUACUGUGUUCAUCAACCAACUGCCCCGCUUCUUGGUAAUGCGUCGACCGCUCUAUCCGAUCAGCGAAAUGAUCAAAUCCUCACGUCGUUUAAUGGUACGCACCUGUAAUGGACUCGAACUGAGGGAUCAAAUACCACCGUUGCCACCUCCAGUGGCUUUAUCGCGCAUGCACCAUAGCCCGAAGACAACCUCGCGGAGCACUUCGCCACAUUUACAACACAGAGUACAAACGCUUAAUCUAAUGGACGAGCUGGGUGGCGGUGUUGGUGGUGGCGGCCUGGGCAUGGGAAUGGGCAUGGGCAUGGGCAUGGGUAUGGGCAUGGGUAUGAGCGGUGGCGGAGCCUCAACAAUAACCGGACACCUGAGCUCAUUGUAUCCGCCGACCAUAUCGACGGUGAAUCAACAAACCUCGACUACGUCCUCGCUAAUCGAUGCUCAGUAUCACAAUCAAUAUCAACAGACUGGUGGCUCGCUGUUGGAUCAUCCACUGACGCCGACAAAGUUCCGUCAGACAACCUCCACGUCCAGCCAGACGGGUCAGAAUGGGACGAACGGUGGGAAUCAUCAUCAGCAUUAUGGCGGAUCGGGCAAAUCGUCAUCCACAUCGACGCUGGCCCACCAGCAACACCAGCAGCAGCAGCAACAUCAGCAACAACACCAGCAACAGCAUUUGUACCGCCAGCAAUCAAGUUGUUCGGCCAAUUUCUCGCCACUGCCGCAGCAUGCGCAUCAGUCGCACGCCUCGACCACCACCUGCGACUUGGGUCUCGGCGGUCUGGUCGGAGUCAAUGGCAAUCCCAAUGUGAUAAAGUCUACGACGACAGUUAAUUCGGUGGCCACUGCCUCAACCCUGGCCGAUUCCUGUUGCAGCGGCACUAUCCAAAUCCAUCAGGGCAUGGGCGCCGGUGCUGCCUGUCAAUCGUCGGAGUUGCUACAGCAGCAUCAUCAUAAUCGAUCCACAGCAGCAGCAGCAUCAUCAUCAUCAUCAUCGGCAGCAGCCGGCACUGUAACCGGCAGUGUCGAUCGCGGCGGUGCAAGUACCUCAGCAGCGGCAGCAGCUGCAGCGGCUGCAUCCGGUGCAGCUGGUACACCGCCGCCACCACCGCCGCCAUCGGCAUCCGCCUGUGAUAUACUAACUCUACCCGCCUGUCAGCGUGAGGGCGGCCCCCAUUGCUGUACGGGGGGGCGUGGCAAUGUGCGACAACGCUGGCAUACCUGCCCAGAGCUCCACAAAGCCAUGGACGGUGUCAACUACAUAGCGGAUCAAACGCGCAAAGAGGAGGAGAGCACGCGGGUGAAAGAGGAUUGGAAAUAUGUGGCCAUGGUAUUGGAUCGUCUUUUCCUUUGGAUAUUCACAAUAGCGGUGGUUGUGGGCACGGCUGGCAUUAUAUUGCAGGCGCCCACUUUAUAUGAUACCCGUGUACCGAUUGAUAUUAAGCUAUCGGAGAUAGCAUCUACGACGGCCAAGCCGAAUGUGGCACGGCCAGUGUUGUAAAAUGUUAUAUGAGAGAACAUUACGGGAACAGAAAUCUCUCGUCGUCAAGACGGUACACACGCCAUCAGAUAUGUAUGUAUGUAUGUAUAUUUGUUAUUUUUGUGUGUGUCUUUAGUUUCGUUUCUUCAUUUUUGUUUUAUCAUCUUGGUGGGAAAAUGACGUACUACGAACUUCAUACAUAUACAUACAUAUACAUAUACACAUAAAGGUAACAUUCAUUUCACAUGCAUCACACUUACUUACAGACAGUCUGAGAAGAAACAACAAAAAAAACAACUCAAAAACCAAAUAUAUGAAU